AUGGCUGUUUCUGAGCGGAAGCCUCUACCCUUCAUCGCGAACUUCACCGCGGGUGCCAUCGCUGGUAUUUCCGAGAUUCUCAUAUUUUAUCCGCUCGAUGUCGUGAAGACGCGCAUGCAGUUGGAGACGGGCAAGGCCAAACACGGGUUAUUGGGCAGCUUCCAAUCAAUCAUUAAGGAAGAAGGAUUUGGGAAGUUGUAUAGAGGACUCGUUCCUCCGCUACUGCUAGAAGCACCUAAGCGUGCUACGAAAUUUGCCUCCAACGAAUUUUGGGGCAAGACAUACAUGCAGUUGGCUGGUGCAGCUAAUAUGACGCAACAGUUGUCGAUCUUAACCGGUUGCAGUGCUGGUGCAACUGAAAGUUUCGUCGUCGUUCCUUUCGAACUUGUGAAGAUCAAGCUUCAGGAUAAGACAAGUCCAUACGCCGGUCCUAUGGAUGUCGUGAAACAGAUUGUCAGAAAGGACGGUCUACUUGGUCUGUACGCCGGUAUGGAAGCCACAUUUUGGAGGCAUGUGUGGUGGAACGGCGGGUACUUCGGUAGCAUUUUCCAGGUUCGGUCACUACUGCCCAAGCCCGAAACUAAGCAGGCCCGACUCGCGAACGAUCUUGUCGCAGGAACAGUCGGUGGAUUUAUUGGAACCGCGAUAAACACGCCGUUUGAUGUUGUAAAGUCUCGCAUACAGGGAGCCACAAAGGCGCCCGGAGUGGUACCGAAAUACAACUGGACGUAUCCUGCUUUGGUAACGAUAUUCCGAGAGGAGGGCGCGUCUGCGUUGUAUAAGGGCUUCGUGCCGAAGGUGCUCCGUCUCGCUCCUGGUGGCGGUGUACUUUUACUGGUGGUAGAAUUCACUCUUGGCCUUUUCCGUCAAGCUCUUGGUCCACCAUAUAUCUAG